CCGGGAGGCUCCACCGGGGCCUCAUCGCCGGGCCCGGCCCGGGCCCCCCGGCCCCCCCCGCCCCCGGGGCCCAGCUCACCGCCCCCACACCCGCCGUGUGUCCUCUGCGGGUGCCCCCCGGGACACCGCCAUGGGUGACCAAAUGCAGUUCAUUGUCGAGAAGCUCAAUCAGGAGCCCUUCAGGAAGAACUACAACUUAAUCUCGUUUGACUCCCUGGAGUCGGUGCAGCUGCUGCAGCUGCUCAAUGAUGUUCUGGGCGAGAUUGACCCGAAGCAUGCUGUUGACAUUAGAGAGGAGCUGCCAGAACAAACAGCUAAAAGAAUGCUGAGUCUCCUUGGAAUUCUCAAAUACAAACCUCCAGGGAAUGUGUCAGACCUAAGUGCUUUUCGCCAGGGGUUGGUCACUGGGAGCAAACCUGUCAUUCAUCCUCUCUUACACUGGCUUCUGCAGAGGACCAAUGAACUCAAGAAAAGAGCUUACCUGGCACGUUUCUUAGUGAAACUGGAAGUGCCAGCAGAGUUUCUCCAGGAUGAUACUGUGGCUGACAUCAACAAACAGUAUGAAGAACUCAUGGAAGCAUUUAAAAACCUGCAUAAGGAGUACGAGCAGCUCAAAAUAUCUGGUUUAUCCACUGCAGAGAUAAGAAGGGACAUCAGUGCAAUGGAAGAGGAGAAAGAUCAACUGGUCAAAAGAGUAGAGCGUCUCAAGAAGAGGGUGGAGACAGUACAAAAUCAUCAACGGAUGCUUGAAAUAGCAAGACAGCUCCGCUUGGAAAAAGAGAGAGAAGAAUCUCUGGCUCAACAGAAACAAGAACAAAAAAGUCAGUUGUUCCACGCAGAGCAGAGGCUGCAGAGAGCCCAGCUCCAGCUGAAGGAGAUGCAGGAUGCAGUAGCUGAUUCAAAACCUGAAAGUUUAAUGAAGAAACUGGAAGAGGAGAUAAAUUUCAAUUCCUACCUGGUUACUGAAAAAAUGCCCAGAGAGCUUGAGAGUAAAAAGGCCUCAGUGUAUCUCCUGCAGAAGGUGGUUGCAGAGCCAGCCAUGACUCAGUCUGAUCUCACUGCCCUGCAAAGUGAGAUAAAUGAAGUCAAUGCACAAAUGAAUCAGCUUACUGAGAAAAGAAUGAUGAAGUAUGAGCCAACAGAUAGUAAAUUUUCCAUGUAUCGCCAGCAGGCAUCCAUAAUUUCCCGGAAAAAGGAAGCCAAGGCAGAAGAACUCCAGGCUGCCAAGGAGGAGAUGUCCAGGCUGGAGAGGCAGGUGCAGCAGAGGAGCAGUCAGGCCCACGAGCUGGAAGGCUCUGAAAUCCUGACAGAGGAUGAGCUCAAGCAGUACGUUAAUAAGCUCCGGAGCAAGAACACACUUUAUAAAAAGAAGCGCCUGGAAAUAGCAGAAAUUACAGCUGAGUAUGGAAUCCUCCAGAGGACAGAGGAGCUUCUGAAGCAGCGCCACGAGGCCAUUCAGCAGCAGUUGCAAGUGAUUGAAGAGAAAAAAGGCAUUUCUGGAUACAGUUACACCCAGGAGGAGCUGGAAAGAGUCUCUGCAGUGAAGAGUGAAAUGGAUGAAAUGAAAGGCCAGACAUUAGAUAAUAUGUCUGAAAUGGUAAAGAAGCUGAAUGCAGUGGUGGCAGAGAAGAAGGCAAGCCUUGCUCCUGUCAUCAAAGAGCUCAGGCAGCUGCGUCAGAAGUGCCAGGAACUAACUCAAGAAUGUGAUGAAAAGAAAAUCCAGUACGACAGUUGUGCGGCCGGGCUGGAGAGCAAUCGCUCGGCCCUGGAACAGGAAGUGAAAGGGCUCCUCGAGGCGUGUGCCCAGGAAGAGAGCAACUACCGUUACAUUCACUGCAUGAAAAGGACCCUGGAGGUCCAGCUGCAGCGGGCUAAGGAAGAAAUGAAGGCCUAUGUGUCCCCAGACCCCCAGGAGCGACGGAAGGCGAUCCGAGAACAGUAUACACGGAUGAUCCUUGAACAAGAAAACCUUGGGAAGAAAUUACGAGAGAAGCAGAAGGUUGUACGGGAAAGCCACGGGCCAAAUAUGAAGCAAAGGAAAAUGUGGCAGGACUUUGAGCAGUUAAUGGAAUGUAAAAGAGAAUGUUUUCAGAAACAACAAAAUCAAGCAGCCAUUGGUCAGGUCAUUCAGGAAGGAGGUAAAGACAGGCUUGUGUUAUGAAUUCUUCCUCCCAAUACCUACAUGAAGUGGCUGUGUUGGCUUCUGAACGGAAAAAUCUUACUAAAUCCUGUUGCUUUCAUCAGUUCUACAAUUUUUGUACAGUAUUUGGUUUUGGUGGAUAAACAAAGAGAGCAACAGACCCGUCUGUGAAGCUUCUCCUCCACUGUUUCAGUGACCACGUGCUGUGGUUGGAAGGUCUGUUGGAAGAGCUGCACUGGGGUGAAGCUCCUCGUAAAUCCAUGGUUUAUGAGGCUGGGAAGGGCAUCUGCAGAGAGAUCAAAGAGAAACAAAUCCUUCUCUAGGGUCAGGGAAAACAUACGUAAUUGCUCUGCCUCUCAUUCUCUAUCGCUAAGGUUACAUUUUCACAAGGCCUGGGGCUUGAUAUUGUAUAAUUGUGGCCCUCCUGGCUUGGCCCUCUCCUUCCCUAUUGUCCUUCUCCAUGCAGUGUGACUGCAGGAGCUGCACAGCCCUGGCCUCACAGCCCUGCUCAGACUUUCCUGGUCAUACUUCCCUUGCACGGUUCAGUUCAGCUGAUUGUGCUUCCAGGAGACACUUCAUUGCUGCAGCGUCAGGAGUCGCUUUGGAGAACAAUCACUUGGAUUCUGAGCUUUUUCCAUUAUCUUUUGUUGUUGAUUUUAACAGAAGCAUUUUUCUUGCACAUUUACCUCCUUUAUUUUACUUUUUUCUGAGCAGCCCAUGUGAAAAACGGAGGUCAACUAAAUCUUUCCCCUGUGAGGAUGUUUUGAGCUGCUUUGUGUGCACAGGGUGGUUCCAAAGGGAUUACACACCCAAAGAGGGUCAUCUCCUCCCUCUCUUUUGGCUUGCUGGAUUUCUAGAUAGGUUGGUGGGGUUUUUUAUAGUUUUUCUUGCCUGAAGUAGGAUGUCUUUUCAGGAUAUAAAAAAAAUAUUUUUGCUUUCUUUGAUACCUAACUGCGAGAUCUUCUGCUGGUUUCUAUAUCCAGAGAGAGUAUGGUAAUUAUAGAGUUCCUAGUUUGUCUUUGCAUUAAAUACAUUUGUUAACAGGACUAAAAUAAAAGCUGGCAAAACUA